AUGAAAUCAGAUUUCAAGUUCUCCAACUUAUUGGGUACCGUGUAUAGACAAGGGAACAUCAUAUUUUCCAAUGAUGGAACUAAACUUUUAUCUCCAGUGGGUAACAGAAUCUCAGUCUUCGAUCUAAUAAACAACCAAUCGUUCACAUUCGAAUACGAACAUAGGAAAAAUAUUGCAACAUUCGAUCUAAACAAACAAGCAACAUUAUUAUUAUCAGUAGAUGAAGAUGGUCGUGCCAUCUUAACCAAUUUCAAAACAAAAACAGUAUUACAUCAUUUCAACUUCAGAGAAAGAUGUUACCAAGUGAAAUUCAGUCCCAAUGGUGAAUUAUUCGCAUUAGCCACUGGGAGAUUCAUUCAAAUUUGGAAAACUCCAAGUGCCACACAAGAUAGACAAUUUGCACCAUUCGUUCGUUAUAGAGUUCAUGCGGGCCAUUUCCAAGAUAUCCUUUCAUUAACAUGGUCUCAAGAUUCAAGAUUUAUCAUUUCCACUUCGAAGGAUUUGACUGCAAGAUUAUGGUCCAUUAACUCUGAUGAAAAGGAUUUGGCAUCUAUGACAUUCGCUGGUCAUAGAGAUUAUGUUAUGGGUGCAUUCUUCAGUGAUGAUCAAGAAAAGAUAUAUACAGUGGGUAAAGAUGGUGCAUUAUUUACAUGGGAAUUCACACCUAGACAAGAAGAUAUAGAAGAGGCCGAAUUGAACGAAGACGAAGUAGAUAUUUCCAAAUACCAUUGGAGAAUUACUAACAAGAAUUUCUUUUUUGCAAAUCAAGCUAAAGUUAAAUGUGUCACAUUCCAUCAUAAAUCUUCCAUUUUGAUAGUUGGGUUCACUAAUGGUGAAUUCCGUCUUUAUGAAAUGCCAAGUUUUACUUUGCUUCAACAAUUAUCAAUGGGUCAAAAUCCUGUCAAUACCGUCACUGUUAACUCUACUGGUGAAUGGUUAGCAUUUGGAUCCAGUAAAUUAGGUCAAUUAUUAGUAUAUGAAUGGCAAUCAGAAUCAUACAUCUUAAAACAACAGGGUCAUUUUGAUUCCACAAAUAGUUUGACAUACUCUCCAGACGGAUCUCGUGUGGUAACAGCAGCUGAUGAUGGGAAGAUUAAAGUUUGGGAUGUUGUUUCCGGGUUCUGUUUAGCCACAUUCACGGAACAUACAUCUUCAGUUACCCAAGUACAAUUUGCCAAAAAGGGUCAAGUCCUAUUUUCUUCCUCAUUGGAUGGGACUGUAAGAGCAUGGGAUUUGAUUAGAUAUCGUAAUUUUAGAACUUUUACUGCUGCAGAAAGGAUCCAAUUCAAUUGUCUUGCUGUUGACCCAUCAGGAGAAGUGGUUUGUGCUGGUUCAAUAGAUAGUUUCGACAUUCAUGUUUGGUCUGUACAAACAGGUCAAUUAUUAGAUACUUUAUCCGGUCAUGAAGGUCCUGUUUCAUGCCUUUCUUUCAGUCAGGAGAAUAGUGUACUAGCGUCUGCAUCUUGGGAUAAAACAGUUAGAAUUUGGUCUAUAUUUGGUAGAUCUCAACAAGUGGAACCAUUUGAAGUAUAUUCUGACGUUUUGGCACUUUCUGUAAGACCAGAUGGUAAACAAAUUGCUGUGUCAACUUUAAAGGGACAAAUAUCUAUGAUUGAUAUUGAAUCAGGAAAUCAAGUAGGUAAUAUUGAUUGUAGAAGGGAUAUUAUUUCUGGUAGACAUACUGAAGAUAGAUUUACUUCCAAGAAUUCAGAAAGAUCAAAAUGUUUUACAUCAAUUCAUUACAGUUUUGACGGGUUAGCUAUUAUUGCAGGUGGUAAUAAUAAUUCCAUUUGUCUUUAUGAUGUACCAAAUGAAGUUUUGUUAAAAAGAUUCAUCGUUUCCAAAAAUAUGACAUUGGAUGGUACUUUAGAAUUUUUAAACAGUAAUAAGAUGACUGAAGCUGGUUCUCUGGAUUUAAUUGAUGAUGAUGCAGAAAAUUCAGAUCUAGAAGAUCGUAUAGAUAGCACGUUACCUGGUUCCAGGUCAGGUGGUGAUCAAUCCACAAGAAAACUGAAACCAGAAGUCAGAGUCACAUCAGUUCAAUUUUCUCCAACAGCAAAUGCAUUUGCAGCAGCUUCCACAGAAGGUUUACUACUAUAUUCAGUUGAUGAAGUACUAGCAUUUGAUCCAGUUGAUUUAGAUAUGGAUAUUACACCUGAAAGUACACUUGAAUGUCUGAAAGAAAAGGAGUAUUUGAAUGCUAUUGUAAUGGCAUUCAGAUUAAAUGAAAAAUAUUUGAUAAAUAAAGUAUAUGAAGAAAUUCCAAUUUCUGAAUUGCCGUUAGUUUGUACAAACCUUCCUGUUAUUUAUUUGCCAGCUAUUUUGAAAUUUAUUGGUGAUUUUUCAAUGGAGUCUCAACAUAUUGAAUUCAAUUUACUAUGGAUAAAGUCUUUAUUGUCAGCCCAUGGUGCAUACAUGAAUAAUCAUAAACAUUUAUUUUCAACAGCAAUAAGAUCAGUACAAAGGUUUAUUGGUAGAAUUGCCAAAGAAGUAGUAACAACAUCGACAAAUAACAAAUAUUCAUAUAGUUUCUUAACCAGUACAGAUGGUAAAGAUAUUAACAACGAAGAGCUAGAGAUAACGACGGGAAUUGAUAAUGAUGAAAGUGAGAGUGAUCAAAAGGAAAAUUUGUUAGAGAGUGAAAAUGACGAUGAGGAUGCUGAAGGAUGGAUUGGAUUUACAGAAAAGAAAACUAAUAUACCAUUAGAAGUUGGAGGCGAUGAAGAAUCAGAUGACGAUGAAGAUAUGAUAUAA